CCAGCCGGGUUCCGGGAGGAUGAAGUUUGUGUACAAAGAGGCUCAUUCGUUGGGAAAGCGCCGCUCCGAGGACGAGAAGAUCCGAAAGAGCUAUCCGGACAGGAUCCCAGGAAUAGUAGAAAAGGCUCCUAAAGCUCGGAUGGGAGAUCUGGACAAAAAGAAGUACUCGGUGCCUUCUGAUCUCACAGUCGGUCAGUUCUACUUCUUGAUCCGGAAGCGAAUUCACCUCCGAGCUGAGGGUGCCUUGGUUUUCUUCGUGGAGAACGUCGUCCGACCCACGAGUGCCACUGUAGGUCAGCUACACCAGGAACACCUCGAGGAAGACUCCUUUCUGUGCUUUGCCUACGGUGAUGAAAGGAGGAACAGGCUCAACACAACCUGCUACCAAGGUACUACACAUUUCACCUAUAAGAAUGUUGCUGUACUAUUGACUCAGCAUGGACUACGUUGAUGGCAGAUCAGAGGCCCAGCAGUUGCUCCUGGAACCUACUAAUCAACUUAUCUCUGUGGAUUUGCGGUACUGGAUGCUUCAUAAUCAUACAGUGCGUGGUCUUUUGUGUCUGACCUCUUUCACUUUAGCAAGUUUUCAAGGUUUGACUGUAUUGACUGUUACCUCUUUUGAUCCUCUGAACAACACCCUGUGAAACAAUGGCAAACCAUUUCACCAUGGAGGAAAUGGAAGCAUGUGUUAACUUGUCUUGGGUAUGAAAAUCGCAUUUUCAUUCAAUUAAUGUGUACGGAGCAUCUACAUGAGGAGAAGUGUUCUACACGCUGAGGGCAAUGGUGUCACAUAAACAAGUAAGCAGACAUCUAAUGUAAUGUUAAAUAGUACAUUUAUGGAAAUAAAUGUAUAAAUGUAUAAUGUACAUAAAUUCAUUAAAGAAAAAUACAUGGAUAGGAAGGGUCAGGGGUAUUAUUUUAGAGAGGGUGAUCAGGGAAGGGCUCUCUAAGAAGGUAACAUUUGGGGUGAGACCUGGAUAGAGGGAGGGAUGGUCAGGAGGAAAUUAUUUCAGGCAGAUGGAACAGCAAAUGCAUUGACCGUGAGGCAGGAAUGCAUUUGGUGUGUUAGCGGAACAAGGGAGUCAGUAGGAUUGGAUGGCAAUUUGAGGUGACAGGUAUGGAGAGAGGUAGAGGACAUCUGGCCUCAGGGGCAGGGUUAGUUCAUCUCUUUCAAUGGGGAAGGAAGGUCACAGUGGAUUGUCAAUGCACAGUUAAUGAUGGUUAGUAGGUAAUGGAGGGCGCGAAAGUUCUCUCCUGAGUUUUUCUAUUAUCCCAGCGUCAUGAGAAGAAAAGUGACAACUGAGAGUGAGGAGGGGAUAGUGGUGUCACAAGGUUGAGAAAAGGAGAGAAUGAAUGGAUUAGGAUAGUGGAGUUGUCUGGCAGCCCUGGGAGACCCCUUGAGAUGUUUUCCUCCAACCAUUUUAAGACUUCCAAGUGAAAAUGCAAAGCACAAAGGAAAAUUAUUUUUAAUCAGGGCUGAGGUUUUGCCAAGUGGGUAGGGCAGUGGGAAAGAAAGACAAGAGAGUUGGGGAUAUAUGUAAGGGAAUGAGUGUACCAGGGCAAUGUAAUCUCUACUAGGAAAGCAGGGAGAAAGGACAGAAGGGGAGCAACAGAGUGGGAUGGUGGGAUCAAAGUAUUACUGGAGUCUGAGAACCAGGGAGUGAGCUAUAAAAUAGGCAGUGGUAUUUGGAGAGUUUGUAGUUAUUGGUUAUGAAAAAGACUCUGGCACUGUGACUGGAGGGUCCAGUCAUUAGAGAAGUUCAAGAAAAUGAUAGGCCAGUGUAUUGGAUAGAGCCUUUCUGUGAAUAAUGAAAUCACCAAGGUGAUAAGAAAAAUGGUGAAGGGAAUGGAUGAGGCUGAUGCUAGAAUGAAUACAAACUUCAAAAAGCCUUGGUAUAAGGUGGGCACACUGAUACAUGCCUGUAAUUCCAGCAGCCUGGGAGGCUGAGGCAGAAGGAUCUUGAGUUCAAAAGCCAGCCUCAGCAAAAUCGAGGCCCUAAGCAACUCAGUGAAACCCUGUCUCUAAAUAAAAAAUACAAAAUAGGGCUGGGGAUGUGGCUCAGUGGUCAAGUGCCCCUGAGUUCAAUUCCCAGUGUCAGUGCCCCUCCCCUCCACAAAAAGCACUGGUAUAGUACAAAGUCAUAAAUUUGGAAAGUCACAGAUUUUUAGGAGGGAAGAAUAAUGGUUUGGAUUUGGCAAAGAAGAGCAAGAGUUCACUUCUGUGAUAGGUGGUUUUGGGGUAUAUAAUAAAGUUAGGGUUUAAAUACUUCCAUCGGAUUACCAUCCUUUCCAUUAUACCAUGUUAAAUCUGGAUUGGGAUUAUGAUUCUUAGACCUACAUUUCAAUAUACUCUUACCAUCUCUGCAUUUGGUUUCCUUCAAAGUUGUGUUGCCUUAAACAAUUCCUAGAAUUUAUUAUAAAGAAUUGAUUCCCAUUUAAACUAAAAAAUUGUAUUAUAACAAUGGAAUAUUACUCAGCCUUAAAGAAGAAUGAAAUU